CCCACCGGGACGUGCCUGCCUGCCUGCCUGCCCCUUUCUGGCUCCGUCGCGCUCCCCCGCGCCGCCGCCACCACGUUAGCUUCCCAGCGGCCCGGCGUCUCCUGCGGAGCCAGGAGCCAAACUGGUUGGAUCAUGGAGCUGUUAUCCACCCCACACAGCAUUGAGAUCAACAAUAUCACGUGUGACUCCUUCCGAAUUUCGUGGUCAAUGGAAGUUGGAGACUUGGAUAGAGUGACCCACUAUUUCAUUGAUUUGAACAAGAAGGAAAACAAAAGCUCCAACAAGUUCAAACACCGGGAUGUCCCCACCAAGCUGGUAGCUAAGGCAGUGGCCCUGCCAAUGACCGUGAGGGGUCACUGGUUUCUGAGUCCCAGGACAGAGUACAGUGUGGCAGUGCAGACUGCAGUGAAGCAAAGCGAUGGAGAAUACCUUGUCUCUGGAUGGAGCGAGACUGUCGAAUUCUGCACAGGGGACUAUGCUAAAGAACAUUUGGCUCAGCUGCAAGAGAAAGCAGAGCUCAUCUCAGGGCGGAUGCUCCGGUUCUCUGUUUUCUAUCGGAAUCACACUAAAGAAUAUUUCCAGCAUGUCAGAAUGCACAGCGGAAAUGUCAUGAAGCCAUAUUUGAAGGACAACAGUGGCAGCCACGGCUCACCCACUAGUGGCAUGCUGCAUGGCAUCUUUUUCAGCUGUAAUACUGAGUUCAACACUGGCCAGCCUCCCCAGGACUCCCCUUAUGGCCGCUAUCGUUUCCAGGUGCCCGUGCAGCGCCUUUUUGGCCCCAAUACCAACCUCUAUUUUGCGGACUUCUACUGCAUGUACACGGCCUACCAUUACGUCAUUCUGGUGCUGGCACCUAAAGGUUCUGCUGGAGACCACUUUUGUCGGGAGCGUCUGCCCCAGUUGGACAUUUCCUGCAACAAGUUCCUCACCUGCUGCAUGGAGGAUGGCGAGCUCACCUACCGUCAUGCCCAGGAUGUCAUCCUGGAGAUCAUUUAUACAGAACCGGUUGACCUCAGCCUAGGAGUUCUGGGGGAGAUCAGCGGCCAUCAGCUCAUGAGCCUCUCGACUGCUGAUGCCAAGAAGGAUCCUAGUUGCAAGACAUGCAACAUCAGCGUGGGGCGCUAGAGACAGGGAAGGGUGGGGAGGAAGAUGGAACAAACAGGAAUGUGAGAGAUCUUGGAGAAUCCCAUGGCCCUUGAAAGUAGGGGUGGCUAUCUGAUAAUUGGGUCCACCGGCUGGAGAAGUUCCCCUUCCCACUGUCCUUGCCCCCAUUCUCUCUCUCUCUCUCUUGCAUGUUUCCUUGCCAUUGUAAAUAAGAUUUUGACUUGGGAAGAGAGAGAAAGAGUGUGCAAUCAGAGCAACUUUGAAGGACCUGCAUUUCCAGGUCUACUGACUACGAAAAGGGCAGCCCUCAAUUUUCUGAGGUCUCUCUAGGAAAAAAGUCCACUUAUCUUCUCUUCUGUGACCCAGCCCAACCUCAAAUGGGCAUUUCACAUUGCACACACAGCAGGUAGUCUGGCCAGUCUGCUGAACAAGCAGCUUCCUAAACAAAAUGUUCCAACUAGAAUUUCUUCUCAAUCUCCUGCCUUAUUUCUUUUGGCCUCAUUUCUCCCCACAAUGUAUCUUUUUCACAGGUUCUCUUCAUCCAUAGCAUGAUUCGCUUUUUUAAGUUGUAUGUUGAAGGUUGGAAGGAGAAGUUUCCCCACCCCAUUCUGGGAGGGUCCUGGGCUAAAGGCCCAGCUGGCCCAAAGACCACCUCAACUAGGUUUAGCAAUGGGUAGAAUGGGUUUGUGAUCUGCUUAAAUAAACCUGGGAUGGGCAUACAGGCUAGGGAAGGGAGGUGAAGGGAUUACACAGAGAUUCUUUUUUCGCUCAUUUCCACAGGGUGUGACAUCUUAUUCUUUACGUCCUUUAUUUCGAUUGAGGAAGAACAAGGGAGAGGGAACAACAGGUUCCAACAGGUGUGCUGGCAGCUGGAAUGUUGAUGGGUGAUGUUGCUGUGUAAACAUACGCAGCCUGGUUCCCCUGUUUUCCAUGAUAACUGAUUACAGAUCUGGGCUGGCAAAACCCUCAUCUGCAUCCCAUUCUGGGAUUGUGCUCUGAAGAUGGAGGAGAAAGAAGCUGGAGCCUCAUCCAUGGUGCA